GCUCGAGGAGUCGAAUUUCUUACCAUCCCCAAAUCCUACUACGAGAAUUUGAGACGUCGUCUCAAUGACAGCAAGACCAAAGUGGCUGAGGACAUGGACCGUUUGCAAAAACUGCACAUUCUUGUCGAUUUUGACGAGAACGGGUACCUUUUACAAAUAUUUACCAAGCCAUGCGAGGACAGGCCGACACUCUUCAUUGAAAUCAUUCAACGGCAUAACCAUCAGGGAUUUGGUGCCGGUAACUUCAAAGCCUUGUUCGAAUCGAUAGAGCUGGAACAAAACGAACGAGGGAAUCUGUUUUAUGAAGACGUGGUCACCGGUGGAAGGAAAAUCUAA